AUGCAAAUGUUCCAUUCCAUCUAUAAUGAUGGUAUAUCACAUUUAAUAGUUGUAACGGCACUUGUAUGUGGCCUUGAAUUUUGUACAUCAGCGGCAUUCUCUUUCAUUCCUCCAUUGCUCUUAAAAUCGGGCGUACCAGAUUCACUCACAACAACAUUGAUGGGCUGCGGUCCACUCAUGGGUUUCGUAUUUUGUCCAGUUAUUGGUCAUGCAAGUGAUCGCUGUCGUUCACGUUUUGGUCGACGACGUCCGUUUAUACUUGGAUUUUGUUUAACAAUAAUAUCCUGUUUGAUCCUUAUACCACAAAGUCAAUUAUUAAAUUCUCCAAGAACUGGUUUAUUAUUAUUGAUAACAACCUGUGUGCUGUUCGAUUUUGCAUCGCAAGCUUGUUUCAAUCCAUGUGAAAGUUUAAUAUAUGAUAUGUGCAAAUCAACUCCACAAGAAGCAUCCUGUUUUUUUGUUUAUUCAUUUAUGACGUCGUUCGGCGGAUGUUUGGGAUAUAUGAUAACUGCUUAUGAUUGGUCUCAAUCAUGGUUAAGCCAUUAUUUGCACGGACAAGAAAAGUUAACGUUUAUUGUAAUAUUAUUACUUUUUACGCUUACACUUUGCUGUACACUAAUGACAGCAAAUGAAAAAGCAUUAAAUGAAGAUGUUGCCGUCGAACCGCUAUUAAUAACCAAUGAACAAGAACAAUUAACGUCAACGUCUUCAUCAGAUAACAUAAAGUGGUAUUUAAACACUAACUUUUUGCCAUUUAAAGUAGUUACAUGGAGCGUAAAUUUUUUCGUGCAAGCAAUUAUUUAUCUUGUUUUAUCCAUUAUCAGUUCCAUGAGAACGAUUAUGACGAUGCCAUAUGUAUUAAGGAGAUUAGCGUUAGCUGAUUGUCUCUCAUGGGCAGCAAUAAUGACAUUUAAUUUAUUUUUUACAGAUUUCGUUGGUCAAACAGUAUAUGGUGGAGAUCCAAGUGCUCCAGAAUUCUCAAAUGAACGCCUGUUAUACGAUGCAGGUGUACGCGCAGGAUCUUAUGGAUUGUUAUUUCAUUGUAUCGUUGGUGCUUUGUAUGCACCUGCUUUAAAACCGCUUAUUUAUCAAUUCGGUAUUCGAUUAACAUUCUCAUUUGGAAUGUUCGUGUUCGUCGUAUCAAUGUUCGUUAUGUAUAUGUCCAGAAAUAUUGCUGUUGUUAAUGCAAUGGCGUCAUUAUCUGGACUAGGAAUGGCCUCCUUAACGUCAAUACCGUAUACCCUUGUGAUGAUGUAUCAUUCUAACAAAGAGGUAUGCAUUAUGGCUGAUAAUGUUGAGAACAGUACAUUUAAUUAA